AUGGCUGGAUCCCUCAGCGGCAUGUUCGCCAACCAGCCGCCUGGGCCGCCGCCGCCACCGGGGCCUCCUGGCGGGCCCGGCCCGGCCGGCCUCAUCCCGCCUCCGACGGGGCCGCGCAAUCCCAACAACACGCUUGUGGACGAGCUGGAAGCGUCCUUCGAGGCCUGCUUCGCCUCGCUGGUGAGCCAGGACUACGUGAACGGCACAGACCAGGAGGAGAUCCGCACUGGUGUUGAUCAGUGCAUCCAGAAGUUCCUGGAUGUGGCAAGACAAACGGAAUGCUUCUUUUUACAAAAAAGACUGCAGCUGUCAGUUCAGAAACCAGAGCAAGUCAUUAAGGAGGAUGUUUCAGAACUAAGAAAUGAGUUGCAGAGAAAAGAAGCAUUAAUUCAGAAGCAUUUGAGUAAACUGCGACACUGGCAGCAGGUCCUGGAAGAUAUCAGCAUACAGCACAAAAAGCCUGCAGAAAUGCCUCAGGGUCCACUGGCGUACCUAGAACAAGCAUCUGCCAAUAUUCCUGCUCCAAUGAAGCAAACAUGAUCUGUGAUUUUACGUAUCGGACUGUUUUCAACAAUGCAAAGCAAGCGUGGUAGUCUUACUUUGUAUGCUUUUUGUAUAAUGUAAUUUGUAAUACAAAUAUAAAUA